GUAUCUGCCUGUGAAAUAUCUGCUAUCUCAUCGAGUUUGUUAGUUUAUAUAAAGGAGGAGCGGGUCCACCGUUCGCAGUUCCUGUCUAACAAUUGUACGUACGGUUCGCGAGUGCUCAGCUCGAAUAAUUUCAGGCAAUUUCAGUAUUAUCACCCAAAAGUUAAUUUAAAAUGCCGACAUACAAGUUGACAUACUUCAACGUUAAGGCUUUGGCUGAACCAUUGCGCUUGUUGUUGUCUUAUGGAGGAGCCGAUUUUGAAGACGUCAGGUUGGAGAAGGAAAACUGGCCAGCAGUUAAAAACACAUUCCCAUUCGGACAAGUCCCAGUUUUGGAAAUCGACGGUAAACAAAUAAACCAAAGCUUGGCAAUUGCUCGGUAUCUUGGCAAACAAUUCAACUUGGGAGGCAAAGAUGCCUUAGAAGAUUUGGAAAUUGAUGCCAUCGUUGAUUCAAUGAACGAUUUCAGACUAAAGGCUGCUGUCGUUAUUUAUGAACAAGAUGAAGCAGUGAAAGCCAAGAAAGUCGAACAAUUGACCAAAGAAGUAGUACCAUUCUACUUUGAAAAAUUCGAGGCUAUCGCCAAAAAGAACAAUGGACAUUUAGCUUUGGGAAAAUUGACCUGGGCAGAUUUCGUGCUGGCUGGUCAAUUCGAAGCAUGGAACUUUAUGGCCCGCACUGAUUUAUUCGCCAACACCCCCUCAUUGAAGGCUGUUAUCAACAAUGUACUGUCCCUCCCCAAAGUCAAGGAAUGGGUUGCCAAACGUCCGGCCACUGACUUGUAAAACUUAAGCACAUUUUCAAUUCGACGUACAAAAUUUUAGUUGAAAUCAAAGUAUUAUACAUAAUUAAUUAAUAACAUUUACUAAUAAAUGUAGCAAAGUGUAUUGCUGUUAGAACCUAAAAAUGUGAAAUAUUUUUUUAAAUAAACCAGUGAUUCAAAAAUUAGUAUUAAUCAGAUACCUGCAAAAUAUGUAAAUAGAUAUUUAUAUACACCUAAAGCAAUAGUAUUUCAGAUGGCGACAGAUAUAACAGUAAACGAAAAAGUUUUUUAUUCAUCCAAUUAUUUAAAAAAAAUGAAAUUAUUUUUAUUAAGUUUAAUUGUUUGAAAUAAAUAAAUAAUUCAAUUUCACAAAAAUUUGUCUGGUUUAAUGCCGGCAUAAAAAACUUUUUUGUUUACUAUUAGUUUCAUAGCAAAUUAGUUAUUUUAAAAACAAGAUGAAUAAAUAUGUUAACCAUAUAAUAUAUUUCACACGUAUUGAA